AUGAUCAUCAGAAGAUUUAAAUAUUUGGGUUACCGAGCGAAUAUAAGUUUGACACUUAAAAGUGAUUUUGACUGCUCAACUCCAGAAAAGCAUUUAAUAAUUUCAUUGUUCUUUGGGACGAGUUUACCUACCAGCGAUGGAAUGUUUUUCAAGACACAAGUGGAAUGUGACGUUGCCUUAAAGCUUCGUUGCUUUGUUUGUUCUUCUUUAGGGAUCAGUAAACAAAUUAGUUCAUUCACUUUUGGAUUGUUAAAAGCAAAAAUAAAUAAUCAUCGGUUUGUCAAGAAGGUUCUCAGCAAGAAUCAAACUCAAAAUCAUCCAAUCAAUCUAUCGACGCGAUUCCGUUAUGACAAAUCAGUCAAGCUUGCUAUUCUAACACAUCAAAAAUGA